UGUAUAAAAGAUAUGUCUGCAAAGGCGCGAGGCUUAGUCCGAUUUUGGGUUUCCGAUAGAAUGAAGACACUCUGCUUGUUAAUCCUGUUCGUCCUGGUGGCCGUGGCUCUAUCAGCUCCCGCUGCCUCCCCGGACAAUACUCCUACGGUAUCCGUGCUGCGCUACAAGAAACAUUUGGAAAACAUUCAGCGGGCCAUUAUUGCGCAGUACGAAAGAAUUGGCGGCACCACAAUAGUUCAUCAGCCACUGACGGCCAAUAUCGUCAACCCAGCAGUCCAAGGAUUUAAUACUUAAUGCUCUCCGAAAAUAAAUCGUUUAUAUUUGUGAUUUGUAA